AGGAGUAAGCGAUGCUGGUCUCCCUCAUGGUCUCCCUGCAGAGAGAGAGAGACAGACAGCUGAGAACAUCCGCCGGAGGAGCAGACAGACACAUUACGGGAAGAGUGUGUUGCCGGGUGCAGGGACAGCUCCAUAACACACCGCAAAAUGGGAGUCGAAAUCGAGACAAUAACCCCGGGCGACGGAAGGACUUUCCCAAAAAAGGGACAGACGUGUGUGGUGCAUUAUGUCGGCUCCUUGACAGAUGGACGCAAGUUUGAUUCAUCCCGUGAUAGGGACAAGCCUUUCAGGUUCAAGAUCGGCAAGCAGGAGGUGAUCCGAGGCUGGGAAGAGGGUGUAGUGCAGAUGAGUGUUGGCCAAAGAGCCAAGCUGACCUGUUCACCUGACUAUGCUUAUGGAAACAAAGGCCACCCAGGCAUCAUUCCUCCUAACGCCACCCUCAUCUUUGACGUUGAGCUGCUGGGUUUGGAAUGAAACCAAUCCACCACAUAUUUUUGUGUGUGUGACUUCCUACCUGGGUGACUUGGAGAGAAGCUAGGAGAGUCUGCACUUGAUUCUAUAAGAGGCUUGAGUCUAUAGUUCCACCAUAUUUAUGGUUAUUAUUUCAUCAAACUAUGACAGUUUGUAUUAUUUUGUCUCUGUGACUAAGUUAAUUCUAUUUUUCCAUCAUAUUCUUCCUUCUAAAACUAUGGGCCAUAACCUUACAAACCUCCAUUUUCUUAAUCUUGAAUUUUUGUGAAUUGAGUUUCUUUUUUCUUUGUGUGUGUGUUUUAACUAUUAGUUGUGCAUGGUUAUGCUGAAAAGUACAAAAUACCAAUGAACCACUAGCAGUGACAUUCAUCUCCUAUGAAUCAAUGAGUAGUAGUAUUAGAAUGUUUGAGAGCUGGUGCUUGUUAUAUUAAAGAAACAAAAAGUGUACACAAAAAAUGAAAAGCACACAUUUGUAUCUAAACCCUUUUCAGCUAAAAAUUAGAACAAAUGAAAUGAGCUUCUGUUAGAGAGAGAGGGCUCAGCGUUGAAUUCAGUGGUAUAUCAUUGUUAUGUUAGGCCUUAAUGGUGCAACACAAGAACUGAGUUGGGAAAAUAUUCCCAUUUGUAUAUAGUACUACUGUGUUUUCUUUUUCAUUGAAAUUAAUGAAAGUGUGAACUAAAGAGGGGUAAUUGGCGCAAAGGAGAACCAAUCACAGUCAUAGAUAGUUCUAACGUGUGCCUAAAUAUUUUCACCAGACACAUGACAACUACCUUACCCUGUCUGCAUGUUGUAGGCCCGGCGGAAACCCUAGUAUGUAUGUGUGGAAAGCUUUGCGUCCAAUUCGCGUUACCAUUGCCUUUUCAUCUCGCCAAGUCUUUAAACCCCAUUUAAAGCCAUACACCAGUUGAACAGUGCAAAGACAGGAUUUGCAGUGACACACAUAAAUUGGAGUUUGUUAUUCUUUUCUUAGAAAAAGGGGAAAUGCUUGAAAUUUACAAAAAGGGGUUGAGGAAGCAAUCAAAUUGUGACCUCCCCCAACCUUAUUUUGUGUAACAACUUCAAUCAUGUAUUUUUCAGAUGCCAACUUUCUAUCUCUGAGAAUCAACAAAGCUAGUGUUUAAGCUAUGAUAAUAGCUAGUGUUUUUUUUCUGUCAGGUGUCAGUAUAGUACCACACUGCCUAAUUGAAGGCUGUUGAGGUAGAAAAUUCUGACACACAGGCAUCCUAGUGGUUUUGUAUCUCAAAUAAAUAGUUUUAAAUGGAGUUUAAAUGAAGGAAUAUGCUGGCCUGGCUGUCAGAUAUUGAUUAUGGCUGUCAAUGUUACAUAUUGGCCAAGCUGCAACUGGUGUGGCAGCAGUCCACCUCUGUACUGUGUAGUUAUGUGCUGAUACGUUACUGUAUGCAGGCUAAACCAAUGAUGACAUAUUUAAAAUAAAAGAAGUGCUCUCCACCUGAAGGCUUUUUUUAAUAUUUUCUCACUACUGAUAGACCAUAUUUGAUUUAUUAAAAAUGUGUGUUUAUGCUUUUAAUCUUUUCCAUUAAUGAAAUGGUGGUGGUGUAGUUUUUUAAACAAUGCUGACUUGUGAAAUACUACUCAUGUUACUAAAAAUAAUUUUAACUACAUGAGGAUUGAUUGAUCAAUAGUUUGAAUAUUUUACAUUGUCAUGCACCAUACACAGCAAAACCAGUUUUGCCACUUGCUAAUUAACAGUGGUGGAAAGUAACAGUAAGUACAUUCAAUCAAGUGUUGCAGACAAUUUUGAAGUAGGCCUACAUGUUCUUUACGUGUAUAAUUCCAAUUGAUUCAACUUUACACUUUAAUACACAUUUCAAAGGGAAAUAUUGUACUUUUUAAUUCACUACACUUAUCUGAUUAAGUUACUUAUUGUAGAUUUUACACACAAAACAUCAUCUUAUACAUAAAAUGUAAGAUUAAAAUACCCAACACCAUAGCCGGAUUUACUUGUUUGGGGGCCCCAGGGCAAAAAUUUGUUGUUGGGACCCUAUUGCAGCCCCUCUGUCAUUAUUCAUGGGACAAGAAAUGACCCCAGGUUUUCAGUGUGUAUUAGUCUUUAGGUUAGCCAUUAGUUUCUGAGGCACUUUGAUUAAACACAACUUAGUAGGAACAUAGUAGUCAGUAACACUAUAAUACCCACUGUACCUACAAAUUAUACAUAUUUAUUCAGUUCACAAUGCAAAAUUUGUAUUCUAUUUGUAUUCUGUUUGUACCUCACAGAAACAGUUUCACCUGUAUAUAGUCAUUCCUUGUGUAUAUUUCUUAAGAUUGUUGUGUUGUUAUUUUGUGUUAGUACAUUCAGAGCCACUAAACCAAACUCAAAUUCCUAUUAUGUGUGAACACACUUGGCCAAUAAAGAUUAUUCUGAUUCUGAUUCUGAAUAUACACCAUGUUAGCAAUAAGCAUUAAAAUUAAGUCUUAAAACAUACAGG